GUGUCGAGGAGGUGCGCCGCAUGAUGCAGUCCAUCGCAGCGGAUGCCCCCCAGCCGGCAGCAAACCGCUGGGCUGCGCGCCGCGAGCCCGUCGGCCUCCCCUCCGGCGGCACCCCGCGGCGGGCGGCCCCGCCCGCCCAGCGCCCGCCGCGAGGGCGCGGCCAGGACGGACGCCGAGGCGGCUCCAGAAGUUCCUGCACGAGAUAGAGGACUCCGCCGCCGCCGCGGGAGACUCGGUCCCCACGGACGCCCCCGUGGACUUCCAGGUCCGCAGGGAGUUCCGCCGCCGGGACGAGUCCCGCGAGCGCCUGGAGCCCCUUGCUCGUUUGGAAGAGAUGGCUCUGGCGGUGACCAGCCGGCGGAGCAGAGGCUCCUGCCUCGCGGCCGCCCUCGCGCUGGCCGCCGCGUGCAAGGUGGUGGAGGGCCCCCUCGGCUUCCUGCCCGCGGCCAGGGGCCCGAGCCCGCAGGUGCGCAGUGGCCCGAGGGCCGCCACGCUCGGCAGGGCGCGCGGUGCCCGCCCGCUGGUUGCCAGGGCCGCACGCCCAGACAUGACCCUGGAGGUCGGGUGCAAGGUGAAGGCGCAGUCCCCUGACGACGAGGGGUGGUAUCCCGGCCGGCUCAAGGCGGCCUCUGGCAGCGACUGGGUGGUCGCCUGGGACGACCCGGACGGGGGGCCGGAGACGGACACGCUCCCGGAGGAUCUCAUCAAGAAGAUGAUAUUCUACAAGGAGUACGGGGUGGGCGACGACUGCCGGGGCCUGUCUCCAGACGACGAGCGCUGGUAUCCUGGUGUGGUGGCGGAGGUGUUGGCAGAGGACAAGUUCCGCGUCAAGUGGGACGACCCGGACGGGGGCCCCGAGACUGCCGACCUCCAUUGGGAGAGCAUGAAGAGGGUCAAGGUCAAGCGGGAUUACAAGGAGGGCGACGCGGUGCUUGCCAGGUUCCCCGAGGACGGCAUGAUGUACGAGGGCACGGUAAUCAAGGGCAAUGCCGACGGCACGUUCCAGGUGAAGUGGGAGGACCCCGACGGAGGGCCAGAGGAUUCUCCGGUGAGCCCCAAGGACAUGAAGAUCCCGCCCAUCCCUUUCGACAACCUCGAGGUUGGCCAGAAGUACACAGGCAGCGUGAGGAGCGUCCGGGAUUUCGGCGCGUUCGUCGACAUCGGUGCGGAGGGCGACGGGUUGUUGCACAUCUCUGCCAUCUCGACGGAGAGGAUCGAGGACAUCUACGCGGAGCUCGAGGAGGACCAAGAGGUCGAAGUCUGGAUCAGCGGUCUGCGCGACGACGGCAAGUUCGGCGUGACCAUGAUCGAGGGCAGGACCGAUGGAGGUCGAGGGGGACGUACCGUCACCGACGUCACCCCGUUCGCAGACAAGGUCGAGGAGUGGUUUGACGGCCAGGUCGUCAACGUCGCCCCGUUCGGUGCGUUCGUCAAGAUCACUCUGGACAGCGGCGAAGAGGGGCAGGGCCUUGUCCACGUGUCUCAGAUAGCAGACACCUUCGUGGAGAACAUCAACGACUUUGUCGAGGUCGGCAAGGAGGUCAGGGUGAAGCUCAUCGGCUGUGACACCGAGACCAACAAGAUGAGCUUAAGCAUGAGAGACGGCGCCGGCGGCGCCCCCCGAGCGGAAAGGGAGCCCGUUGAUCUUACCCCCUUCGAGGGGAUCGAUCCGGCCACCUGGAUCAAGGGCACGGUUGCCAGCAUCGUUUCCUUCGGUGCUUUUGUGGAAGUAAAGGCCCCAGACAGCGCCGCCACUGCGAGCGGCCUCGUGCACAUCACGCAGGUCAAGGACGGCUUCGUGGAAAGCAUUGAGGACGAGCUCGAGGUCGGCCAGGAGGUGCAGGUCCGUGUAGUCAGCGUGGACACCGGGAUGGGCAAGAUGGGACUCAGCAUGAAAUCCGAAGAUGCUGACUCCUUUCGUGCGCAGAGGGAGCCCGUUGAUCUGACCCCCUUCGAGGGGAUCGAUCCGUCCACGUGGAUAAAGGGCACGGUCGCGAGCCUCCCUUCCUUUGGUGCUUUCGUGGACGUGAAAGCGCCAGACAGCGACGCCACUGCGAGCGGCCUGGUGCACAUCACGCAGAUCAAGGAUGGCUUCGUAGAGAGCGUCGAGGACGAGCUCGAGGUCGGCCAGGAGGUUCAGGUCCGUGUGGUCAGCGUGGACGUCGGAGCGGGCAAGAUGAGCCUGAGCAUGAAAUCCGAAGAUGCCGAGUGA